AUGUUCAACCUAGACCACUGCUGGGGUAUCUUGAAAGAUACCCCAAAGUGGCUGGCAACUAAACAAGAAAACGACUUGAAAGCAAAAAAAUCAAAAGAGCCAAAGGAGCCUAGCCUGACUCCAGCUACGGAUGGUACAAAUCCUUCCAGUCCUCCUCCUGACGGUCCUGGCAAAGAAGACGAUGGGUACAAUCAUGGUGUUCUUGGUGAUGACAGCCGACCCGAUGGCAACAAAGCAGCCAAAAGGAAGCGCAACGAGGACCUCAUGCUGGAGAACGUCCUCAAGAUGCAGGAGGAAAUGGUCAAGGUGUCUCAAGAGCAAUCAAUUGCAGUUAAAGCUGGAAUGAAAUUGGCUGCCAACGAUCACAUUAUGUCUACUGAUCUGACCGGAAUGGGCAACAAGACAAAGGCCUAUUGGAAAAAAAAGAGAAGAGCAAUAUUAGAUUGCCCAGAUUUGUGA